AUGCGGCAAGAACCGCAAACGCAAGACUCGGAGCAAGACUCGAAGCAGCCGGCUGCAUCUCCACCGCCAUACAGCUUUGAUCCAGGCCCAUCUCCUGCCCAGGGCCGAGACUCGAACUGGAAGACGGUGGCGGACGCGAAAUUGGGCGGAUGCGCUCUUCACCAGAAACUUGGACAACAAGACAUGUGCGUCACAUUGCGGUCAGAUGUCAAGACAGAGAUAAUAAACCCAGACGUGGACUGGGAAGCCCAUCUAUUCGUUUACGGCAAUGUGCCCCGUCUCAUGAGGGAGGGUUUCCAUUUCUCCGAGGCCAAUGUGCGAACAGAAUGCUCGCAUUUCAUCCUGGACGAAAAUGAAAUCCCAGGGUAUGCGCGCAGCCGUGGCUGGAUUUUCGGUCGCAUCUACCAUCUCAUGGAUGUAUCGAGGCGCGGAAGAAGGCAUUGGAAUGCGAUUCUCGUGGUGUACGCCCGCAAGACGUCUGUGCUUUCAAAGAUCAGGCUGCACCAUCUUUCGCUGGACAAGGUAUACAGAGUCACUGCCUUUAAUGAGAAGUCACAGGAAAUAUACGGGUAUGAGUCGGCUUGUCCUGCAAAUAGCUUCAACGCAAUAUAUAACGACAAGCCGUUGGAGGGAUGGUGGCCGUGGCCGAGGAAGACGUCGGAUUAG